UCUCCUGCCCUCGCUUCCACCCUCCCGUUCAUUGGUGGAGAGAUGCUAUUUGGAAGAGCCGGAGAGAUGCCGUUUGGUUCUGUGUCAUGAACCACCCAAUGUCUUCUGGUUGAUUUCCCUCCCACCCUCUUGUUGGUUUCCUGGAAUUCCUGCCUUUCCUCUGCUGCCCCAGCAGGGCAUGUCCCGCUCCAACAGCGUAAGCCCUCCGGGGUUUGGAGUUUCUGCUGCGCCCAGGGGUGGAGGGGCAGAGCCACAUCGCUCUGCCUGGGGAGAAGCUGAAUCCAGAGCCAAUGGCUACUCCUACCCUCUCCCUACCAGGGCCUCAGUCAAGGAAUCUUCCAGAAUGGUGAGCAGGUGGAGGAAUGAGGAGGAGUAUGACCUUCCAGUUAGCAGGAACCAUGGGGUAAGUGGCUGCAGGAUGAUGAGCUUCAGGUCCAAAUCUGCUUGGCAGGAUCGUAGUGGAGACAACAGACAGCACUCCUGUCGGGCAGGAGAUCCCUCCCUUGCCCCAAGUCCAAGACACUAUGGUAGUGAGCAGGGUGAGGUGCAUCCACGUUCUGUGGAGCUGGGACUGGAGGAGAAACGGAUCAAGGCCAAGAUGGACGAGCUGGAGGAGGAGGAGGAGGAGCAGGGGGGUGAUGAAGUGGGUUCCGAGAUGAUCUUCUCAAUGGGCAGCUGUUGUGGAAGCCUGCUGCAGAUCUUCAGGUCUAAGAAAUUCCAGUCAGAGAAGUUGGAGCACCUCUACCAGCGGUAUUUUUUCCGUCUCAACCAGAGCAGCCUGACCAUGCUGAUGGCAGUGCUAGUCUUGGUGUGCCUGGUCAUGCUGCUCUUCCACACUGGUCAUGGCCAUUACCAAGUGCCCUACGUGGUGGUGCUGUCCCUGGCCAUCCUGCUAAUGGUGUCCCUGGGGGCCAUCUGCAACCGCAAUGAUUUCCACCAGGACCACAUGUGGCUCAUGUGCUACUCUGUCAUCCUUGUGGUGUUAGCUGUGCAAGUGGUUGGCUGCUUGCUAAUGCAGCCCAGAAGUGCAUCAGAGGGCAUCUGGUGGACCAUCUUUUUUAUCUACAGCAUCUACACUUUGCUACCCAUCAGGAUGAGGGCAGCAGUCAUCAGUGGUGUGGUAUUGUCUGCCAUCCACCUGGCCAUUUCUCUCAAAAUCAAUGCAGAAGACAAAGUCUUAUUACGACAGCUGGUGUCCAACAUCCUCAUCUUCAUCUGCACAAACAUUGUAGGGGUGUGUACACACUAUCCAGCUGAGGUGUCCCAAAGACAGGCCUUUCAGGAAACAAGGGAAUGCAUUCAAGCUCGCCUACAUUCUCAGAGAGAAAACCAGCAACAGGAGCGUCUCCUGCUUUCUGUACUGCCUCGCCAUGUUGCCAUGGAGAUGAAAGCUGACAUUAAUGCCAAAAAAGAAGAUAUGAUGUUUCAUAAAAUUUAUAUCCAGAAACAUGACAAUGUCAGCAUCCUCUUCGCAGACAUUGAGGGUUUUACCAGUCUCGCUUCCCAGUGUACUGCUCAGGAGUUGGUCAUGACACUGAAUGAACUCUUCGCCAGAUUUGAUAAGCUUGCUGCUGAGAAUCACUGUUUACGUAUAAAAAUCUUAGGUGACUGCUAUUACUGUGUAUCUGGAUUACCUGAGGCCAGAGCAGAUCAUGCACACUGCUGUGUUGAAAUGGGAAUGGAUAUGAUAGAAGCCAUUUCAUUAGUACGAGAAGUGACGGGUGUCAAUGUGAAUAUGCGAGUUGGAAUCCACAGCGGGAGAGUCCACUGCGGAGUUUUGGGCCUCAGGAAAUGGCAGUUUGAUGUGUGGUCAAAUGAUGUCACAUUAGCCAAUCACAUGGAAGCCGGUGGCAAAGCAGGGCGAAUCCACAUAACAAAAGCUACGCUAAACUACCUGAAUGGUGAUUAUGAAGUGGAGUUGGGCUUUGGAGGGGAACGCAAUGCUUACCUCAAGGAGCAUAGUAUAGAGACUUUCCUCAUUGUCCAAUGCAGCCAAAAACGGAAAGAUGAGAAAGCAACAAUAGCAAAAAUGAAUCGCCAGCGUACUAAUUCUAUUGGUCACAACCCACCUCACUGGGGAGUAGAUCGCUCUUUUUAUAACCACUUAAGCACCAGUCAAGUUUCUAAAGAGAUGAAAAGAAUGGGUUUUGAAGAUCCAAAAGACAAGAAUAUCCAGGAAAACAUGAAUCCAGAAGAUGAGGUAGAUGAGUUUCUGGGUCGUGCAAUUGAUGCAAGAAGUAUUGAUCGGUUACGUUCAGAACAUGUUCGCAAGUUUCUGUUAACGUUCAGGGAACUUGAUUUGGAGAAAAAGUAUUCCAAACAGGUGGAUGAUCGAUUUGGUGCAUAUGUGGCUUGUGCUUCCCUAGUCUUCCUCUUCAUUUGCUUUGUUCAGAUCACAAUAGUGCCGCACUCAGUGUUCAUGCUGGCGUUUUACCUAUCCUGUUUUGUGAUAUUGACCACACUAGUGUUUGUUUCAGUCAUUUACUCCUGUGUAAAGCUGUUUCCAGGUCCACUCCAGACUCUUUCACGGAAAAUUGUUCAGUGCAAGACCAAUAACACCCUAGUCGGAGUCUUCACUGUUGUAUUAGUUUUCCUCUCGGCCUUUGUCAAUAUGUUCACCUGUAGUACUGUGGACCUUCGUGACUGUAUAGCUGCAGAGUAUAAUCUCACUCCCCCUCAGGUGAAUUCGUGCCAUGUUGGCUAUUCCAAUUAUAGCCUGGAAACCACAGAAGGAUUCUGUGCUACUUCCCAGCCAAACUGUAACUUUCCAGAGUACUUUACCUACAGUGUUUUACUGACCCUUCUGGCCUGCUCCGUGUUCCUUCAGAUCAGCUGCAUCGGGAAACUCAUUUUGAUGUUGAUUAUUGAAUUUAUAUAUGUCCUCAUUGUGGAAGUGCCAGGCCUUACUCUCUUCGAUAAUGCAGACCUUCUGGUUACAGCCAACGCCAUUGUGUUUUCCAAUGAGACUGAGAAUGGGAUAUGUCCUUCCCAUGUGUCCAGGGUUGCUUUGAAGAUUGUAACCCCUGUUGUCAUCACUGUUUUUGUCUUGGCGGUCUAUCUACAUGCACAGCAGGUGGAAUCCACAGCGAGGUUGGAUUUCCUUUGGAAGCUUCAGGCUACUGAAGAAAAGGAGGAGAUGGAGGAGCUGCAGGCCUACAACAGACGGCUUCUCCAUAAUAUCUUGCCAAAGGAUGUAGCAGCCCACUUCCUUGCACAGGAACGGAGAAACGAUGAACUGUAUUACCAGUCCUGUGAAUGUGUUGCUGUCAUGUUUGCUUCCAUCAGCAACUUCUCAGAAUUCUACGUGGAGUUAGAGGCCAACAAUGAAGGGGUGGAGUGCUUGAGGCUCCUCAAUGAAAUCAUUGCUGACUUCGACGAGAUAAUCAGUGAAGACCAAUUUCGACAGCUGGAAAAGAUCAAAACAAUAGGGAGCACAUAUAUGGCUGCUUCGGGUCUUAAUGAUUCCACCUAUGACAAGGUGGGCAAAACACAUAUCAAGGCCCUGGCGGACUUUGCAAUGAGGUUAAUGGAUCAAAUGAAAUACAUCAACGAGCAUUCAUUCAACAAUUUCCAAAUGAAAAUAGGGCUCAAUAUUGGUCCCGUAGUAGCAGGGGUCAUAGGUGCACGUAAGCCCCAGUAUGAUAUUUGGGGCAACACUGUGAAUGUAGCUAGUCGAAUGGACAGUACAGGAGUCCCUGAUAGGAUUCAGGUUACUACGGACAUGUAUCAGGUUUUAACCAUCAACAACUACCAACUAGAAUGCCGAGGGGUUGUGAAAGUCAAAGGUAAAGGAGAAAUGACCACCUACUUCUUAAAUGAAGGCCCGCCAGCAAGUUAACGACAGUGGGCAAGGAUGACUCCAUUGAUUCAAACACAAUAGCACGUUGGAGAAAACGUCACUGUUUCACAGUGAAUCUGAUCCCAAGGCACGGUUGAAUAUUUCAUGGGAUGCCUUUUUAGUAGGAUUGUGUGCGAAGGGUGAAAAAAAAGAAAAGAAACACAGCUUGGGCUGCCUAGCACACACUUCAGAAGUCACCUAGCACUGCUGCAGACCUUUUUUCCGAAGAUGAACGUUAAGUGAAUUGACCAAAGAUUUAUGCUUCAUAGAAAUGCGGAGACGAAGAGGUGGAUUUGAGAUCUUCGUUUGUGGCUGCUACGCAGGACUUAAAACUAUUUAAGUAUUUAUUUGAAGUAACACAGUGUUUUUACUUGGUGGAAGGAAAGUAUGAUUCAUCAACAAAAGGAAAACUAAAACGAACAGCAUUAUUUUGGAAAGGCUGUGCACUCCCAUACUAUUUCUGGUCUGUGCUGUCAGCUCCCUGAAUGUGCCACUGUUCUUAUAUUAGCUGUUUGAGUGGGCUUUUAAAAUUAAAGAUGUUGCUCUCACUGUAACUCUUUAUAAAGGGCCUUUUUUAUUAUGCCAUCGGUAAUAUUUUUAAAUGGAAAAAAGUUGCCUUGUUAUGUACUCUUGCUAUCCCUACCCUUACACAAAUGUGAGGCUUCCUCAUUUUAGCAAGAGAGGAGGGAGAGUAAUUGUUUAAAGCGAGGAAAAAGAAUUUUUUCAUAUGUAUUUAUUAAAGGAAAAGACCUAACUCCUACUGAGUGCAUUUUGGUUCACAGGCGAAAGACUUAGCUGUUAAAUCUUCCUGUUGGUCAGGGAGAUUUCUCUGAUAUGUGUGGGAUUAUUUGGGGAGGUUUUGUAUUUUGUAAUAUGGGAGACACUGACACUAACAAAUAUACCAAAAUUCUAUAUUUUGAGGAUUUUAUGUAUUAAAAUUUCAUCCCAAUUGUGCAAUCGUGAUCAGUUGUGUACCCGCUGUAAUGCAGUACACAUGACCGCUAUGUGAAAAGGUAGCAAGAGGGGAGACUCACAUGCAGCACUUAAGCAAGCACUGAACACCUGGUACAGCUGCUUUUAUUUUUGGGGUGAAGCAAUCUUGAUCCAUUCAUGCACACCUGACAUACAUUCCCUUCUCUGUCAUAAUCUGCCUGGGAGGAGAUGGGGGAACGGGAAGUCCAGGUUGGGCCUCUUCAGUCUGCAAGAGAGCUGAUCAGUGAGAAAUCUUUCCCCUGUUCUCUUUCUUAACUCAGCUGACCAGGGGAAGCCUCUUGCUGGAUGCGCACAAGAGUCGAAACUGGUGGCUGUGCAUCUUGGGAGGUGUACAUAAGUUAUAAAAAUGUGGGUGUUCUUUUUGUUCUUUUCAGAGUUGCAGACUUGGCAGUUUUCAAUUUCUGUACAGUCCAGGAAGCAAGCAGAAGCUUAAAAGGGGCUCCAGGAUAAAAAUUAAAAAUAAAAAUAGAUGAAGGUGAUGAAACUUAGGCUGAAAAACAAAAAGCAGGAACUAGCCCAGAUAAAAUUUAAGAUAAAAUGUAUCCCCAAUUUUGAAGUAGCUUUUGAAAUACUUUGGGAUAAAAACAAUUUCCAAUGUUCAAAGAACCGAAAGAACAAAUAUUAAAAUAUUUAAUGGUUUGUUCAAUUAAUGUGUAUCAAAUUGCUGUGGAAUGUCGAAUUGCUGUGGAAUCGAGAAAUGUUGCUAUCGUGAAGAGGUGGGAAAUUAAAUUCUACUUUCAAUUCAUUGUACAUGGCAUUUAGUUAAAAAAAGGCUUGGGAAGGUUUGGUUGGGUUUGUUUUUUUCCUGUAACCAAACAAAAUUGACUGCGGAUGCUGGGAUGAUCUAACAAUUUUUAAGAAAAGGAGUGACUGAUACGCAUUUAUAAAUGAGUUCAUCAUGAAUUUUCAAUGCCCAUGCAUUUUAUUAAAAUAUUAAAAGUAUAGAAAGCAUAUAUUUUUAUAUUUCAGUGUAGGAAAGGAAUUUAUAUUAAGCCUAUCUCCAAAAUGAUUAAAAACUUUUGACAGAUUUUUUUCCAUUUUACAAAAUAGAUUUGUAGUAACAUUAAUAAACUGUAUGCCUAUGACAUGAGAGAAGGGGCUCUGAUCUUUGAUCAAGAAAUUAAAUAUAAUCCACGUUCUUAAUUUAUUAAAUUGCUUAACAUAAUUCUUAAGUGGAGCUCUUUUAAACAAGAACCUAGUAGUAUCUUAUUUCUCUUGGGUAUGUAGGUUUCCCUUCCAGUAAGGCACAUCCUGGAACAUAAUACAGCCCGAUUCUAGAAAACUGCCAAGUUUGUCCUUGUACUAUAUGUUUUUUUAACCUUUAAACAAAAUCUGAUUUCCAAAGGUCUUUAAUUUACAUGGUACUGCAGCUUGUUCAUUAUCUUCCACCCUUUCUUUCUGGCAUCAUUUACCACUUCCAAAAUUUAAUUAAUAGCACAAUAUAGGAUCAUUUUUUAAGUUGGCCUCCUGCUUUGAAGUGUGCAUUAACAUUUGAGCAGACCGCCUUGCGCAAUUGUGUUGUCAAUGAAAUUUUCAGUCGCCUGUAUCUCUGACUGUGAUUGUUGACUGUGUCAUGAUCAUUUCAAGGGGUAUGCACUCUUUAUUCUGGCUCUUGCAAGAUGAAUACAGUUAGGAUUUCCCAUGGAAAUUGCAAUCUGUUUAAUUUAACAACUAUAUUAAACACUGUUUCACUUGUCAGUCUUUUCUGAGUUUUUAUUUAUUUAUUAUUGGCUCAUAAGAAACAAAGAAGUUUGUCACGAUGCGUUAAAAUGACAACUGGACUUUAGUUUGAUGAUCUCCCAAAUAUUUUUACAAGGUGAUAUAGUGAACUAGACAGAAAUGCAUGAUACCCAAGUAUGCUUUUGGAGUAGAAAGAGUGUUUAGGCAAAAGAUUCAUGCAAAAGAUCGUAACAAAAACAUUGCCAUACCCAUCAGGUGGACAUGGAAGCAAUGGCUAUUCGUCUCUGGGACAAAGAAAUCAAAGCCUGAAACUGAACUUUAUAGGAACUUAAAAGGGGGACUAGUAUCGUGGGAGGACAGGCCAGUAGCCCUUCCUGUAUAUAAAUGCAAUGCACUUUGCAUUAAAUGGCAUCCCUACAGUGGUAGGAUUCAAUUUUUUUUACUACUGGUUCUGUGGGCGUGGCUUGGUGGGCAUGGCAGGGGAAGG